UCACACUUUGGAUCAACAAAUAACCCGCCUCCGGAUUGCAACCUAAAUCCAAGAAGACUCACCUCGCAGAAGAAAGCACAGAGCAUAAAGCAUCAGAUCCUUUGAGGAAAAAAAAGAAGGAAGAAGAAGAAGAAGAAAACAUAAAAUCACAAUACUUCCAAUGAGUGCAGGUGGUUCAUUUGGUGGAAAUAGAGGAUUAAGACCUGUACCCCCAGAAAAAGGAGUGUUCCCUUUGGACCACAUGCAUGAAUGUGACUUGGAGAAGAAAGAUUAUAUUAAUUGUCUCAAAUCUUCUGGUCAUCAAUCUGAAAAAUGUAGACAUUUCUCCAAAAAAUAUCUGGAAUGUCGCAUGGAAAAGAACUUGAUGGCACGGCAAGACAUGUCAGAACUCGGGUUUGGGAAGGAAACUGGUUUGGAAGCUUCUGGAGAAAAGAACGAAAAGCGGAUUGAUAACUAAGUUGGAAUUAAAGGGCGAAGCUUUUGUAGGUGCUGGCAGUCAGAAUUCAUAUUCAUUUGAUCAAUAUGCUUCUGGUGGUUAUCAUAGAUUGCACAAGCAAGAUAAUCGAGCAUUAUAGGGUUUUGUUAGAAACCUUGAACUUUCUUUGUAAUGACAUGUCCAGGAGUCCCAUUUCCACAAAAAAUGUAAGAAUAUUCAAAACUUGAAUAGACAAAUUUCCCCAUUUUGAUGGAAGUUAUAAGAUAAUCCAUCUAUCCAAUUUCUGAGUAA